GGUAAAAAGGACAAAAAAGGGCACCGCAAGCAAGAACAAGAAUUCUAUCACCUGCAACACAUUUAUUAUUCACAUUUUCCCCUUCUUCUUUCCCGCAAUAAUCGCCCAAUUUCGGAUAACUUUUCUCCCAAUCUUCUUCUUCUUCUUAAAUCAAUACAGGUUACGUAUAUUAAUAUCAGAUCCCGAACAUACUUGAAGGUUGACUUGGAUGAGGUGUACAAACUAAGUUACACUUUGUGGGCUUCUCCAUAAAUUUUGCACAGUGACUAAUUCAUUGUACAAGCGGGGGUCAUGUAUAUCAUUAUCUCAUGAGAUCCUGGAACUUUUAUUGCCCUAAAGAAAUUUUCCUUUAACUCCAUGGGUGUGGGCUAUUUGUCAAUUUCAGCAGCCUGUACGGUCUUGAGCUUUAUAGGCCUCCGCUAUUGGACAGAACUUUCGUAUGUGAAACUAAAGUCAGAUGGUUUGAUGGGUGAAAAUCUUCUUGACCCUACGGUUGAAAGCCAUGUAAUGGAAGUUUUGUUGGGUUCUUUUACUACAAUUGCGUUGAUGGUCAAUUUUGUUCUCAACGUUUUUAUGUUUAUCAUCUUGUCUCUGAAGACAAUAUUUUUUGUUGAGCUACAUGCAUCUGAAUCUCGGAAAUUACUGGAGCGAUUAGUUAAUUAUGUUUUCUACAAGGGAACGUUUCUUCCGUUGGUAGUCCCACCAACAAUGGUUCAUGCAGGAUUUUGGUUGACUUGGUUGACCGUAUUAUGCUCUUUGAAGAUGUUUCAAGCUUUAGCCAGGGACCGCCUUGAACGGUUGAACGCCUCACCUUCCGCAACCCCCUCGACGUACUUCCGUGUAUAUUGUGUUUUAUUGCUCGUUGCCAUUGUCGACAUAGUCUGGAUAAGGACGUGUCUACUCAUCUACCAAGCAAUAUCAUCGCCUUUAUUUUUGUUAUUAUUCUUUGAGCCUCUUAGUAUCGCUUUCGAAACACUACAGGCCAUUUUGGUUCACGGGUUUCAAUUGCUUGACGUAUGGCUUCAUCACUCGGCAGGCAACACCACAAAUCCCAAAAUAUCAAAGCUUUUGGAUAUGUCAGCAGCAGGUUCAUUGUGGGAAUGGAAAAGCAUUAUUUUAAGGAAUCUAGGGUUUUUUCUUGAUCUUAUGACUUUGUUAAUGGCUCUUGGUCAUUAUGUGCAUAUUUGGCGGCUUCAUGGCAUGACAUUUCAUCUUGUAGAUGCAGUUCUUUUUCUAAAUAUACGUGCCUUGUUAAGUGCGGUUGCAAAGCGUAUCAAAGGGUUUGUUAAGUUAAGAAUGGCGUUGAAAACACUUCAUGGGGCUCUCCCUGAUGCAACGUUCGAAGAGAUACAGACUUACGAUGAUGAGUGUGCCAUUUGUCGGGAACCGAUGGCCAAGGCUAAGAAGCUCUCCUGUAAUCAUCUUUUCCAUCUUCCAUGCCUUAGAUCCUGGUUGGACCAAGGUCUAAGCGACAAUUAUUCCUGCCCCACUUGUCGUAAACCCCUCUUUGUCGGCACACGCGAAGGAAAUUCCGCAUCUCGUUCCGGAGAUGUUUCAAGCGAUGAACAACUUGCCCGCCAGUUAAGCUCUACACUCGAACUGCCAAAUGAUCCUACCGGUGUAAUUCCAAAUCAAAUUCAGGCCCCUUUAGAACAUGACGAUUGGAGGUCUGGAUCAGAAUCGGGUUGGUUAGGGUUUGAUGGGGCGGGCCCAUCUACAGCUAUAAGAUCCGUGGGUUUGGGCCGAGUCCAGAUGAUGAUGCGGCAUCUUGCAGCUGUCGGGGAAACAUAUGCCCAAACUGCCCUUGAAGAUGCUUCUUGGAAUCUGUGGCCUAUAAACGCGUCUCAGGCUAGCACGUCUACUUCGAACAAUCCUUCUACCAGUAAUCUAAGACAUCGAGGACACGCUGGCGAUUCAAUCAUUAGGACGGCCCCACGUGUUUCAGAUGAUGAUUUGUCACAUUUACUUGCCAUGGCUGAAACCGUUCGUGAAGUUCUUCCCCAUGUCCCCGAUGAAUUAAUAUUUAGGGGACGAAAACAGUGAUUAACUCUUAACAAAAUAGACGAAAUACCCCUGAUAUAACGGAGAAAAAUGGAUGGAGUUAACGAGCCGGAUGAAAAUGGCAAGAUUUCAAACCUUUUGGAUCUAGAUGGGGAAAAACAAAACUUUGGACGAAAGUCGCAAAACUUGCCAAACCUCAGGGACGAAAAUGACAUUUUACUCUUUACAUUAUUAUCAUUGAAAUAAUAAAUUACCUUACUUAAUCAUCCCUGGUAUGCUAAAUAUUUGUUCAAUUUUUUAAUUUUGGGGGGCAAAAAGUUAUAAAACAAUUUUUUUUUGCCUUGAUUUGUGUAGGAUUUGCAGCGGACGAAUUCAGUUUCUGUUACUGUGAAUAAUCUUCUCCAAAUGUAACUUUGUAUCGGUCUCAUGUCUCUUUCAAAUAAUAACAUGAAAAAUAUGGUGGUGAAUGGAGGUUCUUUGGUCACAAUGUAAGAUGUAUUUUAUGGCUAUAGUUUGUAUAUAGAAAG